AGAAAACAACAACAUGGAAGGACUCCUGGAUACUGAAGAGUUUUGCUGUGCAAUCUGCCUGGAUCUGCUGAAAGAUCCAGUCGCCAUUCCAUGUGGCCACAGCUACUGCAUGCUCUGCAUUAAUGAUUACUGGAAGCAAAAGGAUCAUUUGGGGAUUUUCAGCUGUCCCCAGUGUGCACAGACAUUCACUCCCAGGCCUGUUUUGAACAAAAAUACCAUGCUGGCAGAUGUGGUGGACAAGCUGAAGAAACUGGAGCUACCAGAGGAGGAGAUUUACAGCAACUUCAUGCCAGGUGAUGUAACUUGUGAUUUCUGUACGAGUAUCAAACAAAAGGCUGUCAAGUCUUGCUUGGUAUGUUUGGCAUCUUACUGUCAGAAUCAUCUUAAAGCACACUACAAAUCUCCAGCCUUGAAGAAACACAAGCUGAUCGAGGCCUUGGCCAACAUACACGAGAAGAUCUGUCCUCGUCAUGACAAAUAUUUAGAGAUAUAUUGUCGAACCGAUCAACAAUGCAUAUGUCUUUUAUGUGUGAUGGAUGACCACAAGGGUCAUGAUAUCGUACCAGGAGAUGUGGAAAGCACAAAGAAACAGAAAGAAUUAGGCAUGACACGACAGAAAUACAAGCUCAAAAUCCAUUCGAAAGAGAAGGACCUAAUGGAGCUUAAACAGGCUGUAGAAGCCCUGAAAAUCUCUGCACAGACUGCUAUGGAAAAUGGUGAAAAGAUUUUCAGUGACUUGAUGCAGUCUAUCGAAAGGAGGCAGUGUAAGUUCAAAGAUCUGAUCAGUGAUCAAGAGAAAGCUGCGGAGAGCAUGUUGCAGACACUGGAGCAAGAAAUCAAUGAGCUCAAACAGAGAGAUCACGAGCUUGAGAUGCUUCUGAAGUCUGAAGAUCAGGUCCAUGUUCUUCAGAAUUGCAAUUCCUUCUCUUCUGGACUUCCUGACCCUCCCUUCACAAUAGCCUCACUCUCAGAUUUCGGCAAGGUAAACGAUGCGAUUUCUGUUUUAAAGAAGAAGCUUGAAGAUGUCUUUAAAGGAGAGUGGCUCAGGAUCCAUCAAGCAGCCAGAUCAAUGACGAUCCUUCACUGCACGGAGCCCAAAAUUAGAUCCGAGUUCCUGUACCAUUCCUGCCCACUGCAACUAAAUCCUUUAACAGCCCAUAAGGACCUCAGCUUGUCCAAGGGGAACAGAGAAGUGGCCGUCCGGAGCCGAGAACAAUCCUGUCCCGACCACCCAGAGCGCUUUGAUUACUGGUGCCAGGUGUUAGGCACAGAGGGCCUGACCGGCUGCAGCUACUGGGAGCUGGAGUGGAGCGGGAUGGGGGUAAACAUUGCCGUCGCAUACAAAAACAUUGCCAGGAAAGGGGAAAGCAGUGAAGCUCACUUCGGUCACAAUGACAAAUCCUGGAGCUUGUUCUGCUGCAAGAAGAGUUACGCUUUCUGGUACAACGGGACAGUCAGUAAGAUCUCAGAGCCAGGCUCCUCAAAGAUUGGGGUUUAUCUGGAUCAUAAGGCCGGGACGCUUGCGUUUUACAGCGUUGAAGAGUCAAUGACUCUGCUCCACAGGUUUCAGACCACAUUCACACAGCCUCUCUAUCCUGGUUUUGAGUUUUCCUGCUAUGGAUCCUCCAUCAAGUUGUGCCAUUUGGAGUGAAGGCCCAGUAAAGAUUGGGCAAAAAAAUUUAAGCUAAAAUAAGUUAACAAGUGCUGAGAGUACUCUAUUAUUUAAUUAAUAGCCUACUAGGGAUAUACAGAUUAUGAAUAGGUGUACAAAUAUAAACUGUCACAGUAACAUAUGUUAAAACAAACUAUUAUUUAGUGUAAUCGUAAAAGAGAUCAUACUACAUUUUAUUUUUACUUAUAUCUGACAUAUGGCUAAAACUUACACUAAAAAUAUUGCUUAAAUUUAUUAAAUGGUCAAAUUAUUCACAAUAUCUACCCUUUAUAUAUUGUUACACUGAAAGACAUUUUGUUUUUCAAAUCAUAGCAAAAAAUGUAUAUUCAAUUUCUAAAUAUAUUUGUAUUGCUAACUGUACAGUAUGUAAAACUUUUUUAGUUGAACACUUGUGAUACAUUAAUAUAGAAGAUGGUAAUGUCUUUCUAUUUAAACUACACACACUGUGAAUUGAAGUUAUUUCUGUCUGUGGAAUGUCUCUUGAGGUUAAUAUUGUCUGAAUGCCUUUACACAUUCUUUCUUUGUCAGCUCUUACUAAAACAAUACAAAUAAACGCAUUGUUUACCA